CCCUCCAGGACAGUAGGUGGCGACAGAGGCCUGACCGUCGCUUAGCAAACAGAGGCAGCCUAGCAUCACAACAACACUGCUAGCAGCGUUAGCUCGAAGAAGAGCGAAGUGUCUUUUUCUCUGCUAACUGGGAACAUAUUAACAGGUACGCUGGAAUUUUCUGACACCCACUCGGACAUGUCCUAUGUCUUCAUCAACGACUCGUCGCAGACCAACGUGCCUCUGCUGCAGGCCUGCAUUGAUGGAGACCUGCCUUUCGCCAAGAGGCUCCUGGAGACGGGAUGCGACCCCAACAUCCGUGACAACAGGGGCCGCACCGGCCUUCACCUAGCCGCCGCACGGGGUAACGUGGACAUAUGCCGCCUCCUGCACAAGUUCGGGGCUGACCUGUUGGCGACCGAUUAUCAAGGAAAUACAGCGCUGCAUCUGUGUGGUCAUGUGGAUACGAUACAGUUCCUGGUUUCCAACGGGCUGAAGAUCGAUAUCUGUAACCACAAUGGCUCGACCCCUCUGGUGCUGGCGAAGAGACGUGGCGUCAACAAGGACGCCAUCCGUCUGCUGGAAGGACUGGAGGAGCAGGAGGUGAAGGGCUUCAACAGAGGACCCCAUUCCAAGCUGGAGACCAUGCAGAUGGCCGACAGCGAGAGUGCGAUGGAGAGCCACUCCUUACUGAACCCCAACCUGCAGAGCAGCGAGGGUGUCCUGUCCAGCUUCAGGACCACCUGGCAGGAGUUCGUGGAGGAUCUGGGCUUCUGGAGGGUGCUGCUGCUGCUGGUGGUCAUCGCCCUCCUCUCCCUGGGGAUCGCCUACUACGUCAGCGGGGUCCUGCCUUUCUCCACCAGCCAGCUGGAGCUGGUGCACUGAGGGAGGGCAGGGAGGAGGUCUGAUGAAAAGGAAGCAUGGGUAGUAAAAUAAGCAAGUGAAGUUCUGAUUUCGGCUUCGGAUUUUUGUUUAUUUGCAGCCCAGAUCUUGUCUUUUUCUUCGUUAUCUAAACAGGGAAACAUCAUAUUGUAUUGUUAGUAAAAAAGCAGUAAUCCUUAAGAACAAAACUCACUUUCUCAAUUAAUGAAAUACUUAAAAAAAACAAAAACUUGCAAGCUUGAGGAGAUUAACCCAGGAAGUGUCUCAUUUAGAACACCCUUUGUGUUGACAUGAUGACGUCACGGUGUUAGCUGGAGGCUA